AUGAAAUACCGCUCUACUCGGACAGGUAUAUCUAGCUCGGAACAAGAUCGCCAACUAUUAGCAGUAGACGUUGACAACAGUUAUAUUUCGCCUGGUUCAGAUUUUAAUGAUGAGCCGCCACGAACUAUGCCCGCAGACAAGACACAAAUAUCACAAAGAUUGUCAGCUUAUGCCAAAAAAGGACUGUAUAGUGUAGUUUUGUGCGACUCAUUCAUUAUGAUUUAUCUGGGAGUGGCUAGUUGGUCUGGCAUGAUGUCGAUUUUAGGAUUAAUGGCUUGGCAUGCUCGUCAGGUUUUGAUAUUAGGAAAUAGACCGUAUGAACCAGUCAAAGUCCAGCAAUGGGCGAAGAACUACACUUGUAUAUGUAUCUUGUUUGCCGUCAUCUUCUCGGUAGGGAUGUUUUACCACUGGAAACGGCUUAGUGAUAAGUGCAAGCGAACUGAUUCCCAAAGAAACAUUUUGAUCCACAUAUGCUGUAGUCUGGUGGUGGCAACAAUAAUGCUAGCAUUGGUACUUGGCCGUGGUUUAGAGUACUUGCCCCAAAUGAUGGAUUUUGUUGGAUCUACAUCCCCUUUUAACUUUAUUCGUGGCGUUUUGAUUGUGUUCGGGUGUGUUUCACUCUUCUGUGCGAUUCAGGGCGUGAUUAGAGACUGGAUAACGGGCAGUGUACGCAGAGCCAUCGUAAACCUACUGGUAAUUGCUGUGGUCUGUCUAUCUCUAUUUGCUACUAUCCGCUGGGGUCUAGCCAUCGCGGAGCAAGUGGGCUUCCAUGGGUAUAUGGCUCGAAACAUUAAACCGCCAACUGCUUCAGAGAUAAAUAAGGCCGAGACACAAGCCAAGAACAGCGAAGAGGCCUAUCAGAAACAAUACGAGAAGUACAAACCGUACGAAGAAGGCCUCCAGAAGGCCGAUGCUGAUGUAGCUGAGUUAAAGGAAAAGAUCUUGAAGAACCAAAAGCAGAUUGUCGAUGCCCGCAACUCCCUUAACAAUACUGAAUCUGAAAUGCUCAGGAAGUCUUACCAGGAUACCAUUGACCAAUUGACAAAUGAGAAUGGGGCCAUUCGUAGGGGUGAACUUCUGAAGGCCGAGAAGUUACGGAAUUCUAUUUAUUUGGAUCCCGAAUGUCAAAGGUUGAGAAAUGAGGUUAUGCGAUUGAAAACCCACCACGAGCAACUAGAUGCUGUUUAUCAAGUGACGAAGCAGGACUUUAAACUUUCUGGUCAGGGUAACAAGGAGCUUAAAGUUCAAUUCGAGACGUUAUUCCCAAUACACAAGAACGCAUCUCAGAACGUUGCACCACAAAAUAGCCUACCCAAUUCAUCUAUAUCGAAUAGCCCCCACGUCCACAAUAACCCUACUAACUCAGUGGAAAUUCCCAACUAG